AUAAACAUAACACAUAUUCGGUGUUCCUUGUCUAAAACCCUAAACUUCCAAAAUUUAGAGCUUUCACUUUGCACAACCUCCUUCCAUGGCGGAACCAAAUUCAACCUUCAAACCCAUCAAACCGAAGCUCAAACCCAAACCCAAAACCCCAAACCAAACCCCAGAAUCAAAGUACUGGUCCUCCUUCAAAAACCACCAAAUCCCAGACCUCAUCUCCUCCAUCACUUCCCUCACUUUCUCUCCUUCGCCUCCUCACCCCUUCGCCGCUACUCACUCCACUUCACUCAAAAUCUUCAAUCCCCAAACCCUCUCUCCUUCCUCCACCAUCUCCUCCUUCUCCGACGUUGUUUCCUCCGCCUCGUUCCGCUGUGACGGCCUCUUGAUCGCCGCGUCUGACCUCUCGGGUCUAAUCCAAGUGUUCGAUGUCAAAACGCGGACCCCACUUCGUAAACUCAGGUCCCACACACGCCCGGUACGUUUUCUUAAAUACCCACUUCAUGAUAAGCUCCAUUUGGUCUCUGGUGGCGAUGAUGCUGUUGUUAAGUACUGGGAUGUUGCUUCUGAGACUCCACUUUUAGAGCUUUUGGGUCAUAAGGACUACGUGCGUUGUGGUGAUUUUUCACCUGUUAGUCAUGAAAUGUGUGUCACUGGGUCUUAUGAUCAUACGGUUAAGCUUUGGGAUGUGAGAGUGACUGGUUCGAAAACAGUUAUGGAGGUUAACCAUGGAAAACCAGUUGAAAGUGUGGUUUUUUUGCCAUCCGGGGGGUUAGUUGCUACUGCAGGUGGGAAUUCGGUUAAGAUCUGGGAUUUUAUUGGAGGUGGGAAGAUGGUUUAUUCGAUGGAGGGUCAUACCAAGACGGUUACUUCAGUUUGUGUAGGGAGAGUUGGGAAGGAGAAUGUUGAGGAAGGGAGGGAGCAUAGGGUUUUGAGCGUGGGAUUGGAUGGGUAUAUGAAGGUGUUUGAUUAUGGGAGGAUGAAGGUCACACAUUCUAUGAGGUUCCCUGCACCACUUAUGUCAAUUGGGUUUUCACCAGAUUGUGGGGUGAGAGUGAUUGGGAGUUCGAAUGGGGUAAUGUAUGUUGGGAAGAGAAAAACGAAGGAGGAGAAUGUGGAUACUGGUUUGAGAAGCUUUUGGAGUUUAGGUGUGGAGGAGGAGAGAAGGGUUAUGAGGCCUUCAUAUUUUCGGUAUUUUCAUAGAGGGCAGGGUGAUAAGCCUAAGGAGGGGGAUUAUUUGGUUAUGAGGCCAAAGAAGGUAAAGUUGGCAGAGCAUGAUAAGUUGUUGAAGAAGUUUAGGCACAAGGAGGCACUGGUGUCAGUGUUGGGCAAUAAGAAUCCGGAGAAUGUGGUGGCGGUGAUGGAGGAAUUGGUGGCAAGGAGGAAAUUGUUGAAGUGUGUUGAGAAUCUGGAUAAUGAGGAGCUUGGGUUGCUGUUGAUGUUCUUACAAAAGUAUUCUACAGUGCCAAGAUUCUCAGGUUUGUUGAUGGGAUUGACGAAGAAGGUUCUUGAAAUGCGGGUUGAAGAUAUCAGAGGUUCUGAGGCCUUGAAGGGUCAAAUUAGAAACCUUAAGCGGUCUGUUGAGGAGGAGAUACGGAUACAACAUUCUUUGCAAGAGCUACAGGGUAUCAUUUCUCCUUUAUUGAGGAUUGCUGGAAGGGGAUGAACCUUUAUUGCCUUUUUGGUUUUUUAUGAGGAUAAAAUAUUAGCCUUUGCUGCCCAAAAGUUCAAUAUAUCUUGCCAGAAAAUGUUUUGAAGCAUUCCAUGAUUUAUAUUGUUUUUGUGAGUUAAAAGAUAGAAAACUUGUACUGAUAUGUUGAAAGAAUUUGUAAGACAAUCAGACGAAACAGAGAAACACAACUCAAGAAAGAGCGUAGCAGCUAAGACACAUUACAUAACAGUGUUGUAGAAAGAAAAGCUUGACAUAAAAACUGCUAAGAAUAUGAAGUGUUGGUACUCUGCCAGGAAAAUAGUAGCUCUAUCAAAGAUGGUCUUCGGUUGUAACUGAAUUUUUUCAAAGUAGAACUUGUUACAAGCAUUCCAUGAUGUAUUGAAGCCAUAUCUUGUUGUCAAUAGGCUAAUUUUCAUUAUCAUUGAAACAUUGAAUGUAUUUUCUAAUUUUGACUCUUAA